AUAGAAAAAAAGUUGCUUCUGGUUGAAAUAGAAAAUAAGUUACUUCUGGAUGGCCAUAGAAAAAAAAAGUUACUUCUGGUUGCCAUAGAAAAAAAAGUUGCAUCUGGUUGGCCAUAGAAAAAAAGUUGCAUCUGGUUGGCCAUAGAAAAAAAGUUACUUGUGGUUGGCCAUCGUGAAGAAAUAGAUCUCCUGGUUUCUUCGUACAUUAAUCCGAUGAAUUGAAAAUCUUUGUUGCCUGUGUGAUAAUUGUGAGAACCCUCUUUAAGUCAACAGUUUCUUUGCAUAAGGACCGAUUAUAUUAGUGCACUGAAUCAAUUGAAGGUCAACGAACAGCCGAAUCAUUAGACAGUGGCGAGAGAGCGGGAGAUGCGGUUGUUUGAGGCUACGCUUUGACCUGCCGCUGGACCACCUUUACGCUAAAGUGUGUGUGUGUUUGCAGUUGGACGAAGCGAUUCGAAGGGGUAGGGGUGACUAGCGGAGGAAGGAGGAGGAGGAGGAGGGGUGGUGUUCAAACUCUACUGCGUCCAGCGGACCUGCCGGUUGGUCUUCUAUCCAGGUCAAGAGAGUUCAACAUAGUUAAGUUUUGGUUGUAUUCACCCCCCCCUCUCUCUCUCAGCCUCACGUUUUCUCAUUUUCUGUCCAUCAUGGCAGUUCUCUCCCCUACCACCCACAUUUGUUCGCAUGUUACCCCCCCCCCCCCGAAACUUAGUGAGACCUAAGCUUUGAUCUAUCAGUCCGCUAGGUCACAUCGCCUCGGACGCGUGGCUUAUGUCAGUGUUAGUCCAUACUUCUGUUUCGGGCUCUACCUAGAAGUGAUGUCACGCUCUCAAUGACGUAACACAAAUAUCUCACCACAUUUUUAAUGAAAUAAAUUGUCAUCUUUCUUGAUUUGAUUUAGUUCUAAUUUCAUUUAAGUCAAGGACAUUUAAUAUAUAUAUAUAUAUAAAAGCAACAAAACACACAAACACACACUUGACUUGUGAAUACAUUGGAAUUGUGAAUUGUGGACAAUUUGUUUCGUUUUAUUCCAAUGGAUGGACUUAUUUUUUCACUUAGCUCGUCUGCAUGUCAAUGACGUAGAUGAGUGGAACUUUUUAUUUUACCGUAUUAAGACAUGCUUGCCUGUGAUACAACAGCCACUGGGUUUUCAUCUCCUAGAGACGCAUUCGCGCGGUAUCUCAGAAAAGAGACCUACCAUUCUGCACGCGAUCUAAGUCACUUUCAAGUCAUGUAUACGGAGGGAGAACUCAAGGAUCAGAAACAAAGUUCCCCGCCCUCCCCACUCAUCGCUUCGGUCACUCACGGAUCUGAAGCUCCCCAGCAACCUUCACCGGAAGUCCUUCCUCCGGCGUCAGCCUCCCACUCUUCGCCGAUGUCGCAGCUGCCAUCCUCCGCCCCUAUUUCCUUCGCCACCGGCACCACUAGCGUACCAUCACCCCCGCAGCAACAGCAGCAGCAGCUACCUCAGACGUUGCCGACCCAGCUUCAGAAAGGCGAGCAACACCAGGGCCUUUACACUGCACCCCAGCAUCAUCACCACAGUCUUCAGCAGCAGCAACAGAUUUACAGGGAGACGGAAAGCCACCACAACAGCGAUUCCGAUUCGUCUAGCGCAUUUGGUGUGGAAGGAAAUCGAAGAUAUCGAGAGUUUGUUCCAGAGGAGCAGAAGGAUUCUCAAUACUGGGAGAAGAGACGCAAGAACAAUGAAGCGGCCAGGAGAUCACGCGAGAAGCGGCGUAUCCACGAUCGUGUUCUGGAAGGGAGGAUCAAUAUUUUGGAAGACGACAACAGCAAACUCAGAAGAGAGUUGCUGGCACUGAAGAGGAAGUUUAAUCUUCCAGACGAGCAGGCUGGAGUUGAGGACAGUAUGGACGAUGAGCCUGUCACUCAGAAAGGGAACUUGUCACCGCAUCACGUACCUAACAAUGGUAUUCCUUCACACACCUCUCCUGUGGGCGGAGCUCCUAAACCCCCGGGACACGCCCACAUGCCCUAUAGUUCCCCUCCCCCUCUUCUCGCCGUAUCGAGCGCCAUGCACAUGGGCGUGGCUAUGUACUCCAACAACAGCUCGGGCGGCCUCCCGUACUUUUUGUCAGAGGCGGCAUCCCGCGCCUACCAAGAAGGCACGAUAAGACCUCAGGUUGGCAUGCCGUCGGCUCAUUAUCACUAUCACCUCACCCAGCAUCAGCUGCCGCCCCAGCACCCGGCCUACCACCCUAUGGACUUACUCAAGCACGAGCCCAUUGAGGAAGGGGAGAUACGUUCUCGCGAGAGGAGUAACUCCAACGUAGAGAGACGCUCGGCUUCCUAUCAUUUGGAGUCUCCAGACAGCUCCCUAUUUAGGCGCGGAAGCGUGGGGAACUACAACCAGUAUCGUUCCCCCGUUAGCCCACCCAUCCCCGCCCAGAGCGCUUACCACUCUGGACACGCCCCUUACAUGCAGACCAAUUUUGACAGUUACUCCAGAUCAUCUUGGUCUCAGGCCUCCCCCGUCACCAGCCACAGCAGCGACAAUGAGGAACCGCUACAACUCACUGUUCGCCGCGACAGCAACGUAAGCGGCCGGAGUAACAACGGCCCGGACGACAGCAGCGUGGAAUCCGAGCACAGCGUGACGCCCGCGGAGAAGACGCCCACCUCUGUCAGUCCACCCGCCUCCUCCUUUCCGCUCAAGCUGCGCCACAAGCUCCCCAACCACGACGCCAGCUACGCCAAAGAUUCUUUCUCCAGUUUGCCCUCUUCGGCGGUGACCGUAACUCCAGCCCCAUAUUCCUCGCAUCCUUUCAUGAACGGCCUCGCUCAACUGUCCGACAUCAAUCUCGCCCAGUCCAACCCAUUGUCCCUCAGCAAAUCGGACAGCCCCGCAAUGUACCGGCAUAGAAAAGACAGGUCAGGAUCCAGAAGAGCGCCUGGCGACAUCAAGUAUCUGGAUCCCAAAUAUCUCGAAAGACGGCGCCGAAACAACGAGGCCGCCAGAAAGUGCCGAGAAAACAGAAAGACUUUAACAAAAAUCCGAGAAGCCAAGUCCGACUAUCUGGAGACAGAGAACAGCAAAUUGCGGGAUGAGCUCACCAGUCUGCAGGAGGAGAUGAAGCAGCUAAGGGAGCUAAUCGAGAAGAAGAGGCUGGAGCAGGGCAUCAAAGAUGAACCUAAUUCGGAAUCAUGAAAACUUUUUAAAACCAAAUAAAUGCUCAACUUGGACCAGAACACUCAAUUUCUGAACUAUUUUUUAUCUUCACUUAUAGUUCAUUUACGAAACUGCCAGAAAUAUUUUGGACAGGAUUCGAUGACCAAUGGGGGAAAUAACUGCUCAAUUAUUUUAAUUAUAAUUAAAAGAUGAGUUAUGCUUCUUGAACUCUAUGAGAGAAGACAGAUUGAGAUUACUUCUGCAGCUCUGUUUUGUUUCAGUUCUGAUGCGAACUAUGAAUGUUCUGUACACACAAAUGAAAGGGAUGUAUUUCAUCUAGAAACAAAUGUUCUAAUUAUUCCAAUACGGGUUUCCCCUUUUUGCAUCAAUUUUUGUUUUAAUAGGUUAUAUUUCAAUGGAUUAGAUCGGCCUACAGGUAUAUUAGUUAUAUUAGCAUUUAAAUAUAUCUGUAACAUGUAGCCUCUGGUAUUUGUUAUAAAUGUGUCACUUUAACCACAUGAGUGAUAUAUAAUACAGCAGUUACAUUUAGAGAAUUGCUGCUCAGUGACUAAAUGAUACUUUCUGAAGUAUUACUUUCACCAUUUUCAAUCUAAAGACAUUGUGACCUGCAUGUGUCUUCAACGAACUUAUUUUUGGAGACAUUUAUAUGUCUUUAAGACCCUGCACUGUUUCUUAAUCAACAGGCCAAAGAGAAUUGACAUUAAUAAACAGUCUACUAGUAAAUGGAAUGGACAGCCUAAGAUUGGCUCUUCUAACACCAGUCAACAACAUUUAAAAAAAAAAUACCAAUAUAAAUAAUUUAAAGCUAACUUAACAGAAAUAGCACUUAUAAAAUUAAUCUAGAACCAGACACUGGCUCAGAAAUGACCUGGUCCACUGGUACACUUUUGAUCUCAAAUCCUGAAAAUUUACAUAUUUAGAGAUUUUUCCUUUUUUUUGUAUUGGAAUUCUAGACACAAUUACUUUCCACUGAAAUGCCAACUAUUGUUGUAUUGCCCAUAAGCAAAUGGGCUGCUAAUAAUAUUGUUUUAUUGGUGACCUACAUUUUUGAUGAUAGCUUACAUUCCUUAGAAUAUUUUAAAAUAGAUUUGUUACAAAUAAAUUGGAUGCUUAGAAAUAAUUUUUUUUCUAUUGUGAUGUAUUAUCACUAGAUGGACUUUCUUUAACUAGAAGACCUUAACAACUAGGUCAUGGAAUAAUAGUUCAUAAUUGGUACGUGUAUGACUUUGACACUGACCAAUGAUACAUACCACACCCACACUCAGAAACACAUCAAACAUACACACACACAUACAGCACACACACAUACACAGAUCUACCCCAUCAUCACUCUAUGUAAAAGUUCAGCUCAGCUGGAGGCCAAGGCCAUUAAUACUUCAUUAAGUGAUUAGACUGUAAUAAUAUAAUGUAAUUAGUUCAUUUAUUAAUAUCAUUGUUAUUCCCCUUUAUUUUGUUCCUCGCCCUUCCCUCAACCAAUGGUCAUGUGACACCCUCAAAUUGUAUUUAUUGUCUAAGAUUAGUCCUAUUUGGGUGAUGAUGUGACAUAUGUUGGUGAUGGUGUGACAUAUGUUGUUGAUGAUGUGACACAUAUUGGUGAUGAUGUGAGAUAUUUUGUGACAGUUUCAUUGUAGCACUAAUUCAUAUAUUCAUGCAUCCAUUAUACAUUCAUAAUACCAUGUAUAUCAAUUAUUUAAUAAACUGUUCUAGUGUGUCCAAUUGUGUACUCUUGUAUUAUUGUUACUAUGACUACCAGAUUAUCACUCAACCAAAAAUUUCAUCUGAAACCUAGAAGACAAUGUUUUAUACAAAUAGAUCUUUAGUUUGUUAGCCAAGUUUGUAAAUUUGUUGCUAUUCACACAACUUAUGUGACUCUUCUUAAUAAUGUUCCCAAAUGGUGGAAAAACAAAAACAUUUGUCAGUUUUUUUUUUUUUUUUUAUGUUAUAAAUUAUUAAUUAAGUUGUAUACUCAGCUUUGUUUGAUUUUUUAUACAAGAGAGAUAACUAAAACAAAUACAAAUAUUUUUUUUUUAAAUCAAUUCAGAUCUCAAUGUAAUUUUCUAUUUCUUUUUUCAUUAUUAUUAUUAUUUUUUAUCAUUUAUGUUCUCUUUUAUUUUCUUAUAAAACUUUUCCAACCUGGCAACAUUUUAAUUUUAGUUCCACCACAUACUAAGAAAAGAUUCAUGGUCCUCAUUUAAUACCCUGCCCCUUUUUUCAAGGAUAAAUGUCCAAUUCAUAGGAGCCUACUUUAAGUCUGGUUCUCUCAUUUGAUACAUUUUUUCUGGAGGAGUUAAAAAAAAUGGAAUUCCUAAUUGUUCCUGAUUCUGAUUUAAAAAGAAAUUGAACCACCAAAACAUAGUCUGUGAUUGUACCUUCUGUUUGGUUCACCCUAAAUUAAUCUGGAAAGACUCUCUCUAUUUGUUUCACUUCUAUUUAUACCUUGUAUCACAUUCUUCUCCUCAUUUACCACAGCUUGAAGCAUUACAUGUUUGUAUUGACUGAAUUAUCAGAAUCAUAAAUUAUUAUUAGCCCUACAAGUUUCAAAGAAUUUUUCAGUUUUUUGUAAUCUGAAUUUAUAAAAAUAUGAUAUAUAGCUUGUACAAAAAUAGGUUUUAAAAUGCUUAUAGAAUAGAGUUUAUAGAGUUUUAAAGUAAAUGCCAGGUAAUCUUUUAAAACAUUCACUAGAACUGUGUAGCAGAAUCAGCUUAUCUGUUUUUCAAUUCUAGAGGGAAGCAGACAAAGUAUUUGAAAUAGAAAGUAAUUUAAUUUAAGAACAUUUUCUGUCUUUAAAUCAUAGCAAUUCAGAUUGAUUGUCCUAGAUGUUUCAGAAGUAAUGUGUCCCAACUGAAAUUCUUUUUUUUUUUUUUCAAAAUUUUGUUUAGUAUGGAAUAAGUUUGUGAUGUUCAGCAAUUGCAAUACUCUUAAGUUCAUGAAAUGAUUUUAUUAGGAUUAUCGCAAAACAUGAACUUCAAUUGAUGAAUAAAUAUGAGGGGUGAAGUGAAGGGUAGAAUAAAGAAACUGUCACAUGUCUUUCUCAAUGAAAAACUUUUUUGAAGAAUAAUUUACGGGUAAGAUGUCAAAGUGCCAGUAAAAAAAAUUAUUUCUUGAUAAUAUAACUGUUGAAACUUUCAUGAUAUGAAAGAAAAGAAAAUGUUUUUUCUUUUGUGAGCUUGUUAAUGUCAUAAUAAAGUUUGGUUGCAUAUGCAUUUUUGAGAAUUCAUAUAUCAUAAAAGAAAAGAGACUACAUGAUUAUGGUUGUUUUGUUCUCGGCCUUUCUCACUAUUUCUGUUCCUAUUUUUGUGUUAGUAGGUUCAAAAUUUUAUGCACAGAAACCUGUUUUAGUACUUUCAGCUCUAGUGUUCUGUCUACUGGAUAAAGUUGUAAGUUAAUACUCUAACCAAGCACUUCAACCUCUUUAAAUUUUAUCUUUGUUUGUUCUUUGAUAUAGAAAUAUCUGGAAAGUUUAUAAUUAGCUGUGAAAAAAAACAGUUCAUUUUUUGAGUUCCUUAAGCAUUUUCUACUAUAUACACACAAUAUAUUCUAUAAAUAUAUAUUUAUUUUUUCUAGGCUAUUGUGUAUUGAAUUGGAUGUCACUGGAUCACUGCCAUUAUUGUUUACUUUAUAUAGCCCACAGAUAAUGCACGAGUCAUGAGGUUGCCGCAAGCUUACCUUACACAAAUCCAAUUGUUAGGUGCUCUGUGUGGAGAUUGUAAUUAUUUGUGAUGUAGAAUGCAUUUUUUUAAAAUCCUAACUUUAUUUCAUAUACACAAAUGAAGUUGUGACUUUGUUAGAAGACUUACAAAAUAUUGUUCCAGUUCACAUUCUUGAGCUUCUUGUUGUGUCUUGUUCUUUUUGUUUAUUUCAUUACUGUUUCAAAUUUCUAAAUAUUAACGAUUAUGUCCAUCUCCUUAGUGGAGUGCUAAUGAAAACUGAAAUGUCACGAACAGAAAUAAAAGCAUUUCAUUAUCUGUAGAUAUAACUGAAAAUAAUUUUCAAAAGUUGAACCUGAGAGUCUGAAACAAACUAAAUUGGUUAUAUGCCAAAAACUGCAAAAAGAACUCAAAUUAAAAUAGUAAGCUUAUAUAUGAAUAAAUUUUCAUUUAAGCACAAAACAGAAGCUACAUAAGUUUUUUUUGUUGCUUUUCUUUCCAUUCUUUAGUGUCCAGUUUCUAUUUCAUUGUUCUUUUAAUCUUAAUUUUCCUUUUGUUAAACAUUUUUUUGAGACCAUAAUGAAUUGCUUUUGUUUCUGUUCAGGGUUAUUUACCCUGCCAUUUCAUUAAUGCCAACUUUACAACAUUACUUUAUGGGCUGGACCAGUCUAAGUCUGGACUAAACAAGUUGAUUCAAACUUUACGGGUUUUUUUAACAUUUACAUUUGAUGGGUUAUUGUGUUAAUACUAUUGAUUCUGAAUAUGAUGGAAAUAAAAAAAAAAUUGAAAUGAAACUUU